GAAUUUAGAAUUCUGAAAAGAGGCAAUAGAAUUUUUGGUUUGGGUUAGGUUUUAAACAGAUAAAGGUCAUAUAAUUUAAUGUGAAUGAGUGCUUGAAACAUGGGUCCCCGAUUAGUUUGAAACCUCAUUUUUACCAUUUUUUAAAAAUUUUCAUACCAGUUUGUUUUCAAACAGGUAGAUAUGGCUGAGAAAGCUACAUAAAUUACAAAAACAAAUAAAAUAUAGAGAAGCAAACAAAUUUGAUUAUUACCCAAUCAGGUCAGCCUUCCCUGGCAAGUGCCUUGCAGCCUACGGAUCUUAAUCAACAUUAGCUCUUCAACAAGCUCCUCUAUUUAAGCUCCCUUUCUUCUCUUUGUUCUACUUUCUUAACGGCCUUCCCUUUCUCUAGAUCUUUAUCUUCUUGCCUGAUCUCUUGCUUUCCAUAACAGUUCCUGAUUUGUGUUAUUUGUAGUUUUCUUGUUUCUGGGUUCGUUUUGUUUUGUAUAACCUGUAAAAGUUUUAGUGGUUAGGGGAGUUGGUUUCCAUGGAAGAAGCUAUUGUUGUUAACAAAGGAGAAGACCUCCUCGAUUUGCCGCCUGGUUUUCGGUUUCACCCUACAGAUGAGGAGAUCAUUACUCAUUAUCUUACAGAGAAGGUAAUGAACAGAAACUUCUGUGCAAGUGCUAUUGGUGAAGUUGAUUUGAACAAGUGUGAACCUUGGGAUUUGCCUAAGAAAGCUAAGAUGGGAGAGAAAGUAUGGUACUUCUUUUACCAGAGAGAUAGGAAGUAUCCGACCGGGAUGAGAACAAAUCGAGCAACUGAAGCUGGUUAUUGGAAGGCAACAGGAAAGGAUAAAGAGAUUUUCAAAGGCAAAGGUUGCCUUGUUGGGAUGAAGAAGACCCUUGUUUUCUACAAAGGGAGAGCUCCAAAAGGAGAGAAAACAAAUUGGGUCAUCCAUGAAUAUAGGCUUGAAGGCAAAUUCUCUUACCAUAAUCUCCCCAAGGGUGCACAGGUUGAAUGGGUUGUUUGUAGGGUUUUCCACAAGCAUACAGGGAUCAAGAAAAGUCCAAUUCCUGAUCAGCUGCUAGGAAUGAAUUAUUUUGGGGAUGAUCUUAUGGAUUAUGCAUCACUGCCUCCUCUCAUGGAUCCUAUUUACUUCAACAAAGCAGGCUCCAGCUUCACGGAUUGUGAAAAUGAAUUGAAGGACAUCAACACUACCCAAAUGUCAAGAUCCUCAGAUGGAAACUAUCCAGGCAGCUCCAACUUUCCCAUAAUGAAUAAUCAGAACUUUCUUCAGGCUCCAAAUAACCAUUAUCAGACAGGAAACUCUACGUUCAACACUCAAAUUCCAAUCCAAAAUCCUAUCAGCCUCUUCCAUCAAGGCAACCCAAAUUCUGCCUACUUGCACCAAGGGAGGAGCAGUAGUGGAGCUCCAAGCUAUUCCGGCUUCGGAGGCAAUGAUCAGGCAAUUCUAAGAACAUUGGCCGCCAACAGUGCUGACACAACAUCUAAAGCUGACGGACAGUGCAAGGUGGAGCAGUUCUCAUCAAAUCAAUCUAUGGUCAGUCUCUCCCAGGAUACAAGCCUUAGUACUGAGAUUAACAACAAUGAGAUUUCAUCUGUGGUUUCCAAGAGUAUUGAACUUGGAAGCAGCAAAUCUUAUGAAGAUUUGGGAUGUUUAUGGGAGUACUAAAAAUUGAAGGAUAUGGUACUGCUGAUGAUCAGCGAGUUGGCUUGUUAGUUUCAUAGGUAUAUAUGAUUUGAAACAGUCUUUUCUCUAACUAGGAUAUUAUUAGAUUGAAAAGUUUCAUGGAUUCUGAUGAAAAAAUGGUAUACUUGUAUAGAUAGAUUCAUGAUGCCCAAAUCUUUUUCAGAUUAUUACAUUUUCAUUGACAGAUGAGUAAGAAAGAUUCCAUGUACAAGAAUUAUUUUUUAUGGUAGUGAAUUUUUUCUUUUUUUCUCUAUAUUUUUUAGCAUUAAAUUCGCAUUGAUUCCACCAUAUGUUCGAAUCAUAUUCCUACUUAAACCCCAACAUACAUUUAGGGUCGUUUAUUUUUAUGUACUCGUUUUCAACUGCCAGUUAAAUGAAAGAACUCCAUGUCUG